UGCUUUGUUCAGGCAGCACCCGCCGGAGCGGCUGCUCCCCGGAAUGCCAAUCAGCACAGAGCUGGAGCCAGGGGCGCGUGCCUUGGCAGGACGGAAGGGGAGGGCGAGCCCGGCCGUUCUCUCGCGGGGACCUCGGCGUGCUGCUGACGCUGGUGACCGACGCAACGCACGGGAGAGGGACCGGGUGCGGCUGGUCAACCUGGGCUUCGCCAACCUGCAGCGGCACGUGCCCCAGAGCCGGGCAGGCAAGAGGAUGAGCAAGGUGGACACCCUGAGGUCAGCCAGCAACUACAUCCGGGCGCUGGAGCUGCUGCUGAGGGAACCGGGCACCCAAGACUCCCCGCGGUCUACCAUCUCAGUGACGGUCAGCGGGUCCCCCUCCGACUCAUCCCCCUCUGACUCGCCUCCCUCUGACUCCCCCCUCUCUUCUUACUCCUCGGGGGAUACCUCCCAGGACUCCAGCUGCUCUGGGCGGGACCUCGUGGCCUACAAGGAAUGGCUGAGGAUUGAGUGACCAGGGAACGUUGAGUUACCUGGUUGAAGGACUGCUGGAAGGGGAGUGACUGGUCUGUUUUUUUUCAUCCCUGUAUCUCUGUUUGCUGACAAAGUUCUCCUCUGCAUGGGGACUAUGCUCACAAAGGACAGGAUUUUGAUAUCUCCAGCUGUCUCUGUCUGCGGACUAUGAGCAUCUCCAUUAUUCUGUCUCCAUAUCUGUCGGCUUCAACUGGACGUUAUUUAUGUUGGAUGUACCAUAAAUGUACAGGUUUUGUCGCGGUAAUUUGGGUGACCGGUCUUCAUCCUCAUUUAGCGGGAAGUGGGUACUGAGGGAUGCCAAGGGCUGGCAAGGGUCAAAGGGCAAGGACGUGUUCCCAGGGCACGCCUGCCACCUCUGCCAAGGGUACCAGUAGGGGGGGACACUGAGGAACAUUCCUGUUUAAAAGUCUCGAUGGGAGCACUGUGCUUGUAUCAUGCUGCAUGCAAUCUCUUGUAAACCGCUGAGGAGGGGGCAUUCCCUAAGAUAUGGACUAAGGCUACACAUGUCUGUGAGACCGUCAACUCAGGAAACUGCUCAGUCCGAGACUGUUGUCCCGUCAUCUUCCAGCAGCUGACUGUUACAUAACGGCCCAGGGACAGGUGUGGAAGAGACACCAGACCAUGAGGAAAGUCUUUGCUGUUAGUUGGCACAUUGCUGUAUUAUAGUGCAAUAGUCCACCUUUGUGACAGAUAAAUGCAGCGAUCCAUUUUUGCACAGCAACACUCCACAAGGGUGAUGGCCAGGAUGAUUUAGGGGGGAAGGAGGGAGGCACUCAGCUCACUGUUCAGGAUCAUCUCUGAGAUCUUCCAUUGUCCCUUCGUACGACCUCACUGCCUGUUGGCCAGAUGGUACCUUCCACUGGCUCAAAGAGUAACAAAGUCCAAAUGUUCCUGAAACUCACACAGGAAAUGCAGGUCAACAUUCGCUCGAUAAUCCUGAGGGAGCACUGCACUGUCGGAGGGUCAGUGCUGAGGGAGUGCCGCACUGUCAGAGGGUCA